AUGGCAGGGGCUUCGUGUCGCCUCCAUUCGCGCCGCUGCCUAGCGUCUCCGUGGCAGAGGGAGGAGAAUGGGUUCCCCACGCCUCUGCGAACGAAACCAUUGAUCAUCACUAAAAGCUUUGAAUCUGAGAUUUGACUCUCUAAUGUUUGCAGGAUUUGGAAGCACAGACGACGGAAUCUGGAGCUUGUAGAGGCCCCAGAAUUUCGAAAUGAUCGGAAUUCAUUCAAGACGGUUUGCGUCCAUGUCGUGAGGGAUUUGUGACGGAUGAACGAGCUUUUUUUUCCAUGUCGCGAGGGAUUUGUGUCGGAGGUUAGGGUAUGAUUCCAGUUGAUAAUAGGAGAAAUCCACGAAGCUGCACAUUGCUGGAUCAUCUGUUCUUAUCGUUUCUACGAAUGAACACAAACCCAAGAAACACAUUCUACGUCAUCAUCAUCUGAACAGGCUUGCUUAAUGUUGCAGACCUCACUUCGGAUGAUCCUGAUGGCGGAUCAGUGAUCACAUCCAUCGUAGAUUCGAUAGAGAAACGAAGGUAACAGUUGGGGGAAGGAGGAGCGGGCGGGAUAACCAAAUAUUCCCCACCCUUUCAUGAUCUUCCACCAGAUCUAACCGCCAAAUCCGUAGAGCGUCCGUCCCUGCCUCUUGAGGGCGUAGACGACAUCCAUGGCGGUGACGGUCUUCCGGCGGGCGUGCUCCGUGUAGGUCACGGCGUCGCGGAUGACGUUCUCCAGGAAGAUCUUGAGCACCCCGCGGGUCUCCUCGUAGAUGAGGCCGCUGAUUCGCUUCACGCCGCCCCUCCUCGCCAGCCGCCGGAUCGCCGGCUUCGUGAUCCCCUGGAUGUUGUCCCUCAGGACCUUGCGGUGGCGCUUCGCCCCCCCCUUCCCCAGCCCCUUCCCUCCCUUUCCCCGACCGGACAUCUUCUCCGGCUGAGGUUGCAGACGGCAGCGAGAUCAGAACGACCGACGAGAGGAGGACGGGGACGGGGGGAUGAUAUAGAGGCCGGUCGGAGCUUUGUUGGAGAGAUUUGCGACCGUCGAUGA